GGGAGGGACCGGACCGGACUGAGCCGGGGCCACGGCCCCCCGCCCCGAAACCCCGCCGAGCCCGAGGACAAAAGAUGAAGCCAAUGAAGAAGCACUCAGCAUGCACCGGCCUUUCAGGUCCUGGCAGCGGUAGCAAGUCCCCACCAGCCACGAGGGCCAAGGCUCUGAGACGGCGAGGGGCUGGGGAGGGUGACAAGCCAGAGGAGGACGAAGAUGAGGUCCAGCAGCAGCAGCAGCAGCCUGGGCCAGAAGAAGCAGAGGAGGCUGAGGAGGAGGAGGCUGAGCAGGGCCCUGGGGCUGAGGGGCCGCCCCCGGAGCUGCACCCUGGUGACCCAGCCCCAGGCCCAGCCGAAGACCCCAAGGGAGACUUGGAGGCAGGCCGAUGGGAGCCUUCACUCAGCCGAAAGACAGCCACGUUCAAGUCUCGAGCACCCAAGAAGAAGUAUGUGGAGGAGCAUGGGGCUGGUGGCGGUGGCAUGGCUGGGGCCCCUGAAGAACGGGUGAGGACCCCUGAGGAGGCCAGUGCCCUGGGUGUACCUCCACGGCCACCCACUUCUACCCGCUCUUCCUCCACCGACACAGCCAGUGAGCACUCAGCAGACCUGGAGGACGAGCCAGCUGAGGCUUGUGGUCCAGGCCCCUGGCCCUCCAGUGGCACCAGUGGUGGCUAUGACCUACGGCAGCUGCGGUCCCAGCGGGUGCUGGCUCGGCGUGGUGAUGGACUCUUCCUGCCAGCUGUAGUGCGCCAGGUGCGCCGAAGCCAGGACCUGGGUGUGCAGUUCCCUGGUGACCGGGCCCUGACUUUCUAUGAGGGGGUGCCAGGUGGUGGUGUGGAUGUGGUUUUGGAUGCCACACCACCGCCUGGCGCGCUGGUGGUAGGCACAGCCGUCUGUACCUGUGUGGAGCCCGGUGUGGCUGCCUACCGGGAAGGUGUGGUGGUGGAGGUGGCCACCAAGCCAGCUGCCUACAAGAUCCGUCUCAGCCCUGGCCCCAGCUCCCAGCCAGGCCCACCGGGCACCCUACCACAGCCCCCACAGCCACUGCACCGUGAGCCCGAGGAGGCCGUGUGGGUGGCCCGCUCCAGUCUGCGCCUGCUGCGGCCCCCCUGGGAACCUGAGGCCCUGCUGAGGAAGCCCCCCACAGGCCCUGAGGAAGAACAGGCUGAGUCUGGGGCCACCCUGCCACCCUGCCCUGCUGCCCUAGACCCGAAGCAGCCCGAGGAUGCUGAGGUUUCCAAGAUCAGCUUUGGUGGCAAUCUGGGCGCUCACUGCGAGGAGGGUGAGGAGAAGCACCCACCAGCCCUGGGCACCCCAGCCCUGCUCCCGCUGCCCCCACCCCAGCUCCUGUCGCCACCACCCAAGUCUCCAGCCUUUGCCGGUCCUGGCCGCCCUGGUGAGCAGCCCUCGCCCUGCCAGGAAGGGAGCCAGGGCGGCAGCCGUAGCAGCAGUGUGGCCUCGCUGGAUAAGGGGGCCGCACCAGCAGCCCGGGCCCGCACACCUUUGACAGCCGCCCAGCAGAAGUACAAGAAAGGUGAUGUGGUCUGCACACCCAAUGGAAUCCGAAAGAAGUUCAACGGCAAGCAGUGGCGACGGCUGUGCUCACGAGAUGGGUGCAUGAAGGAGUCACAGCGGCGAGGCUACUGCUCACGCCACCUGUCCAUGCGAACCAAAGAGAUGGAGGGCCUGGCAGACAGUGGGCCUGGUGGGGCGGGGCGGCCAGCCGGCGUGGCAGCCCGUGAGGGCAGCACCGAGUUCGACUGGGGUGAUGAGACAUCUCGGGACAGUGAGGCCAGCAGCGUGGCAGCCCGUGGAGACUCUCGGCCACGCCUCGUGGCCCCUGCUGACUUGUCACGCUUUGAGUUUGACGAAUGUGAGGCGGCCGUGAUGUUGGUGUCAUUGGGCAGCUCACGCUCGGGCACACCCUCCUUCUCGCCUGUCUCUACGCAGUCGCCCUUCUCGCCAGCCCCGUCACCCUCACCCUCACCUCUCUUCGGCUUCCGCCCUGCCAAUUUCAGUCCCAUCAAUGCCUCGCCGGUCAUCCAGCGCACAGCUGUUCGCAGUCGCCACCUGAGCGCCAGCACGCCUAAGGCAGGCGUGCUGACUCCACCAGACCUGGGUGCCCACCCACCACCACCUGCCCCCCGAGAGCGCCAUUCCUCUGGCAUCCUACCCACCUUCCAGACCAACCUGACCUUUACCGUGCCCAUCAGCCCUGGGCGGCGGAAGACAGAGCUGUUGCCGCACCCAGGGGCCUUAGGGGCCCCUGGCGCAGGGGGUGGAGGAGCCGCCCCAGACUUCCCCAAGAGCGACAGUUUAGACUCUGGUGUGGACUCAGUGUCCCACACACCUACACCCUCUACACCGGCUGGCUUCCGGGCUGUGUCACCUGCCGUGCCCUUCUCUCGCUCCCGCCAGCCCUCGCCGUUGCUGCUGUUGCCUCCACCUGCUGGCCUGACCUCAGAUCCAGGGCCCUCCGUGCGCAGGGUGCCUGCUGUGCAGCGGGACUCACCCGUCAUUGUCCGCAACCCUGAUGUGCCACUGCCCUCCAAAUUCCCUGGGGAGGUGGGCACUUCCAGUGAGGCACGGGCUGGCGGACCUGGGCGGGGCUGCCGUGAGACCCCGGUGCCCCCCGGGGUGGCCAGUGGGAAGCCUGGCCUGCCCCCACCUCUGCCGGCCCCCGUGCCCAUCACUGUGCCUCCAGCCGCGCCGACUGCUGUGGCCCAGCCGAUGCCCACCUUUGGUCUGGCUUCUUCACCCUUCCAGCCUGUGGCCUUCCACCCCUCACCUGCUGCCCUAUUGCCUGUCCUGGUGCCCAGCAGCUACACCAGCCAUCCUGCCCCCAAGAAGGAAGUCAUCAUGGGCCGGCCUGGAACAGUGUGGACGAAUGUGGAACCUCGCUCUGUGGCCGUGUUCCCCUGGCACUCCCUAGUCCCCUUCCUGGCACCCAGCCAGCCUGACCCCUCUGUGCAGCCGAGUGAAGCUCAGCAACCUGCCAGCCACCCAGUGGCCUCCAACCAGAGCAAAGAACCUGCUGAAUCGGCAGCUGUUGCUCAUGAACAGCCACCAGGUGGGACAGGGAGUGCUGACCCUGGGCGACCCCCUGGAGCCACAUGCCCUGAGAGCCCAGGGCCCGGACCCCCACAUGCUUUGGGGGUGGUGGAACCUGGUAAGGGUCCCCCUCCCACCACUGAGGAGGAAGCCCCUGGCCCCCCAGGAGAACCCCGGUUGGACAGCGAGACAGAGAGUGACCACGAUGAUGCCUUCCUCUCCAUCAUGUCUCCUGAGAUCCAGUUGCCUCUGCCACCUGGAAAACGGCGGACCCAGUCCCUUAGUGCCCUGCCCAAGGAACGGGACUCAUCUUCCGAGAAGGAUGGACGCAGCCCCAACAAGCGGGAGAAGGACCAUAUCCGACGGCCCAUGAAUGCCUUCAUGAUCUUCAGCAAGCGGCACCGGGCCCUGGUCCACCAGCGUCACCCCAACCAGGACAACCGGACCGUCAGCAAGAUCCUGGGCGAGUGGUGGUACGCCCUGGGGCCCAAGGAGAAGCAGAAGUACCACGACCUGGCCUUCCAGGUGAAGGAGGCCCACUUCAAGGCCCACCCAGAUUGGAAGUGGUGCAACAAGGACCGAAAGAAGUCCAGCUCGGAGGCCAAGCCCACGAGCCUGGGGCUGGCAGGAGGGCACAAGGAAACACGGGAGCGGAGCAUGUCGGAGACGGGCACUGCCGCUGCCCCUGGGGUGUCCUCUGAGCUCCUGUCCGUCGCGGCCCAGACACUCUUGAGCUCAGACACCAAGGCUCCAGGAAGCGGCUCCUGUGGGGCAGAACGGCUGCAUGCAGUUGGGGGACCUGGCUCAGCCCGGCCCCGAGCCUUCUCCCACAGUGGGGUACACAGCCUGGAUGGCGGCGAAGUAGACACCCAGGCACUACAGGAACUGACGCAGAUGGUGUCUGGCCCUACAUCGUACUCCGGCCCAAAGCCUUCCACCCAGUAUGGAGCUCCAGGCCCUUUUGCAGCCCCCAGUGAGGGAGGUGCGUUGGCAGCCAGUGGGCGGCCCCCACUGUUGCCCACCCGAGCCUCUCGUUCCCAGCGCGCAGCCAGUGAGGACAUGACCAGUGACGAGGAACGCAUGGUCAUCUGUGAGGAGGAAGGGGAUGAUGAUGUCAUUGCUGACGAUGGCUUCAGCACCACUGACAUUGAUCUCAAGUGCAAGGAGCGAGUGACCGACAGCGAGAGUGGAGACAGCUCUGGGGAGGACCCAGAGGGCAACAAGGGCUUUGGUCGGAAGGUGUUUUCACCCGUGAUCCGUUCUUCCUUUACCCACUGCCGUCCGCCGUUGGACCCUGAGCCCCCAGGGCCUCCGGAUCCACCUGCAGCCUUCAGUAAAGGCUAUGGUCCCGCCCCAUCCUCCUCUUCGUCUUCGCCUGCCUCCUCAGCCUCGGCAGCAACGUCCUUCUCACUGGGCUCAGGAACCUUCAAGGCCCAGGAGUCUGGUCAGGGCAGCACAGUGGGCCCACUACGGCCCCCACCCCCUGGGGCUGGGGGCCCAGCAACACCUUCCAAGGCUACCCGAUUCCUCCCAACGGAUCCUGCCACCUUCCGGCGCAAGAGACCUGAAAGUGUGGGGGGUCUGGAGCCGCCAGGCCCCUCGGUCAUUGCAGCGCCUCCCAGUGGAGGAGGAAGCAUCCUGCAGACACUGGUCCUGCCCCCAAACAAGGAGGAGCAGGAGGGCAGUGGAGCCAGAGUGCCCUCGGCCCCGGCCCCAUCACUGGCCUAUGGGGCCCCGGCAGCUCCCUUGUCCCGCCCUGCUGCCACCAUGGUCACCAACGUGGUGCGGCCUGUCAGCAGCACUCCUGUGCCCAUCGCCUCUAAGCCCUUUCCCACCUCUGGCCGGGCUGAGGCAUCUCCAAAUGACACGGCAGGUGCCAGGACUGAAAUGGGCACUGGGUCCCGGGUGCCUGGGGGUUCCCCGCUUGGCGUCAGCUUAGUGUAUUCGGACAAGAAGUCGGCAGCAGCCACCUCACCAGCCCCACACUUGGUGGCUGGGCCCCUACUGGGCACCGUAGGGAAAGCGCCUGCCACUGUCACUAACCUACUGGUGGGCACCCCAGGCUAUGGGGCCCCUGCACCCCCUGCUGUCCAGUUUAUUGCCCAGGGGGCCCCUGGCAGCGGGACCACUGCAGGCUCAGGAGCAGGUGCUGGGAAUGGCCCCAAUGGGCCAGUACCCCUGGGCAUCCUGCAGCCAGGUGCCCUGGGCAAGGCUGGGGGAAUCACCCAGGUGCAGUACAUCUUGCCCACGCUGCCCCAGCAGCUUCAGGUGGCACCUGCCCCAGCACCGGCCCCUGGGACCAAAGCAGCGGCUCCCAGCGGCCCUGCACCCACCACCAGCAUCCGUUUCACCCUCCCGCCGGGCACCUCCACCAACGGCAAGGUCCUGGCCGCUACUGCACCCACUCCUGGCAUCCCUAUCCUGCAGUCCGUACCCUCCGCCCCGCCCCCUAAAGCCCAGUCAGUUUCUCCCGUGCAGGCCCCACCUCCGGGUGGCUCAGCCCAGCUGCUGCCUGGGAAGGUACUAGUGCCCCUGGCCGCCCCUAGCAUGUCAGUGCGGGGUGGAGGGGCUGGCCAGCCGCUGCCCCUGGUGAGCCCGCCCUUCUCAGUACCUGUACAGAAUGGUGCCCAGCCACCCAGCAAGAUCAUCCAGCUGACUCCAGUGCCCGUGAGCACACCCAGCGGCCUGGUGCCGCCCCUGAGCCCGGCCACGCUUCCUGGACCCACCUCGCAGCCCCAGAAAGUCCUGCUGCCCUCCUCCACCAGAAUCACCUAUGUGCAGUCAGCGGGCGGGCACGCGCUGCCCCUGGGCACCAGCCCUGCGUCUAGCCAGGCUGGAACAGUCACCUCGUACGGGCCCACGAGCUCUGUAGCUCUAGGCUUCACCUCGCUGGGGCCCAGUGGCCCCGCCUUCGUUCAGCCCCUGCUCUCAGCAGGCCAAGCCCCGCUGCUGGCCCCUGGCCAAGUGGGCGUAUCGCCUGUGCCCAGCCCCCAGCUGCCACCUGCCUGCGCAGCCCCUGGAGGGCCCGUCAUAACGGCAUUUUAUCCUGGCAGCCCUGCACCCUCCUCCUCAGCACCCCUGGCCCAGCCAUCCCAGGCUCCUCCAAGCCUGGUCUACACUGUGGCCACCAGCACCACCCCACCUGCUGCCACCAUUCUGCCCAAGGGCCCACCGGCCCCUGCCACUGCCACCCCAGCCCCCACUAGCCCUUUCCCCAGUGCCACAGGCUCCAUGACCUACAGCUUAGUGGCCCCCAAGGCCCAGCGGCCCAGCCCAAAGGCCCCCCAGAAAGUGAAGGCGGCCAUCGCCAGCAUUCCCGUGGGUUCCUUUGAGGCAGGUGCCUCCGGGCGCCCUGGCCCCGCAUCCCGGCAGCCUCUGGAGCCUGGCCCAGUCCGCGAGCCAACUGCCCCGGAGUCUGAGCUUGAGGGGCAGCCCACACCACCAGCUCCUCCACCACCCCCAGAGACCUGGACUCCCACAGCCAGGAGCAGCCCCCCACCACCCCCACCUGCUGAGGAGCGGACCAGCGCCAAGGGCCCUGAAACCAUGGCCAGCAAAUUCCCCAGCUCAUCUUCAGAUUGGCGUGUCCCUGGGCAGGGCCUGGAGAGUCGUGGGGAGCCUCCCACCCCUCCCAGCCCGGCCCCAGCUCCAGCCACAGCCCCUGGUGGCAGCAGCGGCAGCAGCGAGGGCAGCAGUGGGAGGGCGGCCGGGGACACUCCUGAGCGCAAAGAGGCAGCUAGUACCGGCAAGAAGGUGAAGGUGCGGCCCCCGCCCCUGAAGAAGACCUUUGACUCUGUGGACAAGGUCCUGUCAGAGGUAGACUUCGAAGAGCGCUUUGCUGAGCUGCCUGAGUUUCGGCCUGAGGAGGUGCUGCCCUCCCCGACCCUGCAGUCUCUGGCCACCUCACCCCGGGCUAUUCUGGGCUCUUACCGCAAGAAGAGGAAGAACUCUACUGACCUGGACUCGGCGCCCGAGGACCCCACCUCGCCUAAGCGCAAGAUGAGGAGACGCUCCAGCUGCAGCUCAGAGCCCAACACCCCCAAGAGUGCCAAGUGCGAGGGAGACAUCUUUACCUUUGACCGUACAGGUACAGAAGCCGAGGAUGUGCUCGGGGAGCUGGAGUAUGAGAAAGUGCCAUACUCGUCACUGCGGCGUACCCUGGACCAGCGCCGGGCCCUGGUCAUGCAGCUCUUCCAGGACCACGGCUUCUUCCCAUCAGCCCAGGCCACCGCAGCCUUCCAGGCCCGCUAUGCAGAUAUCUUCCCCUCCAAGGUUUGUCUACAGUUGAAGAUACGAGAAGUGCGCCAGAAGAUCAUGCAGGCAGCCACGCCCACGGAGCAGCCUCCUGGAGCUGAGGCCCCUCUCCCUGGACCGCCCCCCACUGGCACUGCUGCUGCCUCUGCCCCGACUCCCAGCCCUGCUGGGGGCCCCGACCCCACCUCACCUGGCUCGGACUCUGGCACGGCCCAGGCUGCCCCGCCACUGCCUCCACCCCCAGAGUCAGGGCCCGGACAGCCUGGCUGGGAGGGGGCCCCCCAGCCCUCUCCCCCACCUCCAGGCCCCUCUACAGCUGUCACAGGCAGGUGAGGGAACCUCGAGAACAUCCCAGGACUCACAGUACCCCCCCCUCAGGACAUGGACAGUGUGUAGGUGGCAGGAAUUGGGGGGACAGGAUGAUUCCUCCUCCCCAGCAAAGCCAUUUCGUCCUUUCCGGUUUGGGGCGGAAUGAGGCCUGCUCCUCUUGUAUAUACCCCCUCCCCCCACAGUUCCCUCCCAGUGCUGGGGGGCAGCUGAGGGGAAGCAGGGGCAGUCUCCCUCCGAGCCCCUGUACAUAACCUGGACUGGAGUGUGUGUGACCUUCAGAGCUUUUCACUAUAUGCAAAAUGGCUCGUGUAAGGGCUGCAAGCUGGAGGGUAGUGUGGGCCUUGGGCCACAGGGAGGUGCCUGUGGAGUAGGGGGGAGUUCAUGCACCCCUUUUUUCCCCAGAGGGGCUGGACUCAGGUUAGUUUGGGGGUGGGGGCUCCUGCACUUUGCCACAGGCUUGGGGAGGGUUCUCUCCCCACCCCCUCUGCCCUCCCAACUUGGGUUGUACUUUCUAAGAAGGUGAUUCCCCUACCUUUACCCCAUCCCCAGAACAAAACAUGUUGAUCAUGUGCAAUAUUUCUUACUGUGCCGAGAAGCCGCAAUGACUGAGAUUAAACCUGUUUAACACA